UUGGACAUUGAGAAGAACCACCCCACAGCCCAAUAAUUUCCUCUUCCGCUUUUGAUUCUUUCCAGAAAAUUAGGUUUCGCUUUCUUCAUCACUACACUGAACACUUUUGAAUCUCCAGUAACACUCAUCACUAAGAAACAAGAACUCCAAAAAUGUCUGUGAUGCAACGUUACGGUAAAUGCAAAAGCGUUGUGAAACGAUCCAAAAAGUACUUAGACGAAGCGCUUUACUUGAAACUCUUCAAAGACGGUGGUUCUGAACUCAAUGUUCGUCAACAGCUUAAUCAGUUCAUUAAGAGUGGGAAGCGCGUUUAUAAAUGGGAAGUUGGCGAUACGCUUAAGAAGCUGAGACAACGGAAAUUAUAUCAACCUGCUCUUAAGCUAUCAGAGACAAUGGCUAAGAGGAAUAUGAUAAAGACCGUCAGUGACCAAGCUAUACAUAUUGAUUUGGUUGCAAAAGCUAGAGGUAUUGUUGCUGCUGAAAAAUAUUUUGUUGAUCUCCCCGAGUCUAAGAAAAAUCAUCUGUGCUAUGGUGCACUUCUCAACUGCUACUGCAAGGAGUUGAUGACUGAUAAAGCUGAAGGUGUCGUUGAAAAAAUGAAGGAUCUUGACUUUCCUUUGAGUUCACUGUCUUAUAAUAGUCUUAUGACUCUCUAUACUAAAGUAGGUCAACCAGAAAAGAUUCCGUCCAUCAUUCAAGAAAUGAAGAGUAGCAAUAUCAUGCCGGAUUCUUACACAUAUAAUGUAUGGAUGAGAGCUCUUGCUGCAGUUAAUGAUAUUUCUGGUGUUGAGAGGGUUAUUGAUGAGAUGAAGAGGGACGGUCGAGUCACUGGAGAUUGGACAACGUAUAGCAACCUUGCGUCUAUUUAUGUUGAUGCUAACUUGUUUGAGAAGGCUGAAGGUGCACUCAAGGAAUUGGAAAAGAGGAAUGGUUACAAAGAUCUUUCUGCUUACCAGUUUCUAAUUACAUUGUAUGGGAAAAUAGGCAAAGUAUACGAGGUUUAUAGGGUCUGGCGUUCUCUUAGGUUGGCAUUUCCUAAAACUGCAAACAUAAGCUAUCUGAAUAUGAUUCAGGUUUUGGUUAACUUGAAAGAUCUCCCGGGAGCAGAAAAGUGUUUCCGUGAGUGGGAAUCAAGCUGCACUACUUAUGAUAUUCGAGUUGCAAAUGUAUUGAUAGGGACAUAUGCAAAAUUAGAUAUGCUGGAGAAGGCUGAAGAACUAAAGGAGCGUGCUCGGAGGAGGGGGGCCAAGCCUAAUGCAAAAACUUGGGAAAUAUUUUUGGAUCACCAUUUGCGGAAUGCAGACUUUAAGUUGGCGGUGGAUUGUUUAUCCGAAGCAAUCUCAAUUGGUAGAGGGAAUGGUGAAAAGUGGGUUCCAUCAUCUGAGACAAUAGGUAUUAUGAUGAAGCACUACGAGCAAGAGAAGGAUGUUGAUGGUGCAGAAGAAUUCAUCGAAAUCUUGAAGAAAUCCAUGGAAUCUGUUGGGGAAGAGGUGUUUGAAUCAUUGAUUAGAACUUAUGCUGCUGCUGGUAGGACAAGUGCUGCUAUGAAACGACGAUUGAAGAUGGAAAAUGUGAACGUGAAUGAAGAUGCCCAGAAGUUGCUUGAGGCUAUAUCCGAGGAGUGAUUCAUGUAAAUUGAGAUGCUGUGUUCUUUCCUCACAUUCUGUGUUGCAAUAAAAAUUUGGUAUUUCAAUUUAAACAUUUUGAAGUGGCGCAUGCCGUAUAUGGUUUUCAAUAUAAGAGGUGGACAGUAGAAGUCACCCAUCUCCUUUUGAAGGAAUGUCUACACCAACCAUUAUAUGGUUUCUCAGUAUAAUCUUUACUCCUUGAUUUGUCUUUCUUAUUAUCCAUGCAACCUCAUGAUUCUUUUUUGUGGCAUGUGCUUGUUGUAGGCUUUAGCUUUAAGCCAAUAUACUUCAUCUAGAAAUGACAUAUGAUGACUCUAUUUUUUGAUUUCUGAUGCAAUUGCUGGUGACUUACCCAUCUUAGAAUUUUAAA